UACCAAAAACAGCUCAACUACCAUCUAUAUGCACCGCCUUUGCCUCACUCUUCAAAUCAACAUCCUCAUCAGCUAGCCAUCAAUAGUUUCUUCUUGCCAGCUUCCAUAAGGGAGACUUUGCAGAAAAAAUCAGCCGCCAUUCUUCAAGGGCCGACUUAUGAAGUUGCACGGACACCAGAAGACUUAGGCGUAUACCACUCUUUGGUCGUGAUUGACGCCCCUCAUCAUCAUUCCGCUCAUAUCAGUAAAGUCUUUUUGACCCCAUCUUGGAUAUAUAAAGCUUCAUGUUCGUUGGAUGGAAAAGCCUACUGUUUAUUACGGAUUGAAGGUGUUCACUUGAAACAAGGGCAAGGUGAAGUGGCGAUUGGCCAAGUGGAGCGGUGGAGGAAAAUCAGGCAUCCUUCGAUCGUCAAUGUGCGCGAAGCAUUCACAACUCGAGCCUUUGGUGACCAUUCCAUCAUCUUCGCAUUCGACUAUCACCCUCUUAGUCAGAGUAUACACGAUGAAUAUCUAUCCGGCAGGAAGAAAUCCUCACUCUUCAGCCCCAGUCCGGCCGAUCACCUCACCAAAUCAAAUACCACAUCACGUUAUCAUCGCCACAGGCAAACUAAUGGUAAUGGUCGUGAGGGCCUGGUUGACGAGCGUGUACUUUGGUCAUACAUUGUUCAGAUAUCAAACGCAAUCAGAAUAGUACAUAAAGCUCAACUCGCAGUUCGGACAAUACAUCCUACCAAGAUCUUACUAACAGGAACCAAUCGCGUACGGAUCAAUGGUUGCGGGAUUCUCGAUGUGAUCGCCUAUAGUCCAACUCCAUCAGUAGCCGAGUUACAAGAACAAGAUUUGAUCGACCUUGGCAAGUUGAUUUGCUCAAUCGGAUCUUCUAUCGAUUGUUCAAGUCCGAACGGUCACGUUUUAGUACAAGCAAUCGAAUACAUGCAACAAUUUUUCUCAUCCGACUUGCACGAAGUCAUCAAAUAUCUUUUGAAACCUCCGUCAUCUGAACAGUCUAUGAGCAGGUCAAUCGAAGGCUUCAUGCAACUCAUCUGGAGCAAGACGUUGGAUGAAGUCACAAACGUAUUCAACCAUAAUGAUCUGAUGGAGGAGUACUUGAUGCGAGAGUUAGAAAACGGUAGACUGGUCAGACUGAUGGCCAAGUUCGGAUUUAUCAAUGAAAGACCUGAAUUUGACCACGAUCCAAAUUGGUCCGAGACGUCUGAAAGAUACGUACUGAAAUUGUUCAGGGACUACGUAUUUCAUCAAGUUGAUGCACAAGGAAAGCCUGUCACCGAUCUGAGUCAUGUACUCACGUGUUUGAAUAAGUUGGACGCUGGAUUAGAUGAAAAGAUUAUGCUAGUCAGUCGGGAUGAGCAAACUUGCGCCAUUGUCAGUUAUGCCGAAGUAGGUCGCCCCUUCUCAAGUUUAUACUUUUCGAUGAUGUUUCACAGAUGUGGCUUUGGUUCCUUCUUUAGAUUCGUCGGAUAG